CGCCCAGCUCUUCCCCGAUGAGCUCACUGAAGGUGCAGCUCACGCAGGCCGCCGCGCCGUCGCCGCCGAGCAUCAGCUUCGUCGAGCGUUACAAGGUCGCAGUCGAGGCACGCAUCAACCUGAAGCACGUCCAUCGGCGGCUGCAGGUGGUUGCCAAGCUUCUGAUCGUCGCGACCUUUGUCGAGGACGCGCUGCGCAUGCUCUUCAAGUUUGACCAGCAGCAGCAGUCGAUGGAGAUCGCCGGGUGGACCUCUCCCGCGCUGCACACGCUGCUGCCGCUGAUGUCGCUCGCCGUGCAGUCGUGCGGCGCGCUGCUCGUGCUGGCGUCUUCGGGCGUGGGCGGAGAGGUGGGCUGCUACCUGCUGCUCGGCUGGUGCGUGUGGCACCCCUUCAUGUACGGCCAGGCCGGCAACCGCGAGUUUGUGCUCGAGACGGCGACCAUCUCCGGCGGGCUGCUGAUCCUGCUGUCGCACCUGCUGCUGCUGCGAACAAAGGCGCCGCUGCUGGGCGAGUCUGGGCCGGGCGCGGUGGGCACGCCCGCCCGGGUGCAGGCGGUUGGCCGCGUCCUCCUCGUCUCCUUCUUCCUCUCCUUCGCCCUCUCCCUGGCGCACGCCUGGGCUGUCUCCCUCCCGCUCGGCGCGGGGGACGGGCCGGGUGUCUGGGGGCGCGGGACGCAGGCGGUUGAGCUCGUCCUCUCUCUGCUCGUCCUCUCCCUCUGCGGUCUCGUCGUGCUCGGGAUGAAGUCGCGGCACGUGGCCCUGCUGCUCGCCGCCGCCGUCUUCGCGGCCGCCGUCUCCGUCACCGCGGCGAACGUGGUCACCCUCCUACUCCACUCCUCCGACACCUUCCCUGUCGAGGACACGGCUGGCAUGGAGGGAGUCGAGGCGGACGCGGCGACGAUCGCCGACCACCACCGCUACUUCUUCUUCCAGUCCAUGUCCACCGUCGGCGCGCUCCUCCUCCUCGUCGUGCACGGGCCCGGCGCCCUCUCGGUCGACGAGCAGGACGGUCCGAUCAAGAUCGCGUCCGAGAAGGCGGAGGCCUGA